AGAAUAGAAAAUACAUGAUAUUAAAAGAUAUUUCACUGUUAAAUUUUUUAAGAUAAUAGCUUGGUAAUAUAAAAUAGAGUGAUUGCCGACCUGCAACUUCAAAAAAUAAAUAAUUUGGAGUUUAAAAACGUUGUAUGAAUUUUAUAUAAUUUACUACUAAAAUAAAAGAUGGGUCUAUGUAAAUGUCCGAAACGGCAAGUGACGAAUCAAUUUUGUUUUGAACACCGAGUUAACGUUUGUGAAAAUUGCAUGGUGCAAAACCAUUCCAAGUGCAUUGUUCAAUCAUACCUACAAUGGCUACGUGACAGCGAUUAUGUCUCCAAUUGUACAUUAUGCUCUUCAACACUUGAACAGGGUGAUUGUGUACGCUUAGUGUGUUACCACGUGUUUCAUUGGGAUUGCUUGAAUGUGAGGCAGUCAUCAUUACCAGGUAAUACAGCGCCACGUGGUCACCAGUGCCCAAUUUGUGAUACGGAAAUAUUUCCGAAUUCCAAUUUGGUAUCACCCGUAGCGGAUGCUCUAAAAACGUAUUUGUCACAAGUAAAUUGGGGCCGUAAUGGAUUGGGCCUUUCCCUUUUGCCUAGAGAACAUUCGGAAACGGGUUCGGACUUUAAAACUCCAGGUACACUAUCUAUCACGGCGUCUGCACCUCCUCAGUCGGCAGCAGUGAGUAACAUGACCAAAGUUCAUCAUUCCGUUGGUGUAGAGCGCUUAAAGAAUAAUGGGCUUUUUUCCACUCAAAAUAUGCGUCAUGACAAUCCUCAUUCUGUUUUGUUAAUGGACGCUUUUAGUCUACCAGCCGAAGAUAAUGUUCAUGCUAGCAGCAGACGUCCUUUACUGCCUCGUCAGUCGCCAAUAGGUGGCGCUGAUCGUGAUGAGAACAAAUAUAAACGGCGCACCCCUUCAGAAGUAUUUUCACGUUGGACACGUCGUUUCUAUGCGCCCUCUUCGCGUCCACCCUGGCGUCGUACUUGGUUUCUGGUAAUAAGCAGUAUAUUAGUAUUUGUAGUACUCAUAUAUUUGAUGGCAAUUUUUGGACGUGGCAGCGAUACUGAUUCUAUUCACGAUAGUUGGAAUGAUCCAAAUCCUAAACCCGAUGUACAUUAUGAAUAAAAUCAAACUAUUAAUGUAUUUUAGUAAUGGUUACGUUUAUUAAAAUCUGAAAUCCCAAAACCUUUUAA